ACCGGUCCAUCAUUUAUUUGAUGAUGAUGAUAAUAAUGCUGCUCAGGUUACCAGGUGGGGGAGUUUACGACAAUUGGUUAUAAACGCGGAUGCUGGACGUAUCUUGUAUCCAGUCACUAUUGUAUUAUCCUACUGAGCGCUCAUUAAUUGUACCGGUAAUCUUCUUUAUCUGUUUUAUUAAUUAUUGCUUUGUGGUUGGUAGCUUUUUUGUUCCAAGAUGAGAACCUUUAUUGUUAUUGCAUUAUUUGCAGUGUACAUUGUAGCGCUCUGCAAUGAAUCCUCCGCUUCCCCAGCAGACGACAAAACCAAAGAAAUGAAGCCAGGAUCGACGACGCCGAAGAGCGUAAAAGACGCCCAAAAGAAAGACGAAAAACCGAAAACAUUCAAGAAAGAGUGUGUGAAAAACUGCCCGACGACUUUUGAGCCGGUGUGCGCCCACGACCCCGCUAACCCCAACUUCAAGCCUCGUACUUUCGCCAAUCAAUGUACUAUGGAUACCGUUGCCUGCGAAAUGGGACUUAAACUCGCGGUCAAAAACAAGGGUGAAUGUCCUGGAUCAGGUGGCGUCCGAUUAUCUUAAACAAAACUCCAAUCAAACUUCGAUGUACUCAAUAUAAAAUACAAACUACACGCACGUAUUAACGGAUUAACAUUUAAAUUGUAGAUAUUGUAAGUAAUUAGAUUACCCAAUAAAGUGAAAUAAAAAAAAAAAAUAAAUCAAAA